CAUACACACAUUCCCCCUCUGCUUCAUCGUGUGACUGCUUUCUUUCCUUACUCAUGCUCACAGCUGAUUCCUAAAAUGUGGCUGCCACUGCUACUGCUCGGCCUCUUCCAGCCCUUGCUGGGCUACCAGAUUGACUGGAACAAGUUAGAAAAUAUAGCAAGAGCAAAGGUAGAGACAUGUGGUGGAUGACAGCUGAACAGACUUAAAGAGGUGAAGGACUUCGUUAUGGAGGACAUCCCUCUUUAUCACAACCUUGAGAUGAAGCAUAUAGCUGGUGCUGAUCCUGAACUAGUACUACUUUCCUCCAGAUAUGAAGAAAUAGAUAGAGUUCAUCUUAGCAACAUGAGGAGAAAGGAAAUUAACCAGUUACUGAAGGAUCUAGGAUUUUACAAGAAGGAAAGUCCAGAUUCCCCUGUCCCCCCUGAAUUUCAAAUGGCACCGGCAAGAAAAAAGACUCUGGAUGUAGAAGGGAAAGCUGCGGAGCAGGAUACAAAGGAGGAAUUGUAAAAGCUUUGUGUAAUAGUUGUUUGCACCAACAAGGAAAUGCAAUACAUUAGAGAAUUAGUUAAUAUAAAGUACAUGGAAAUAGAACUGCUAAG